AUGGCGCGCUCGCUACUUGGACUCGGAGUCCUGUACGGCCUGACGGGCGCUUCUGCGAUCAGGCUGCUGGGAAGCAGUGUGCUUGGGCCGAACCCGGGGACUGUGAACCAUCUGAAUGGAGAGUCGUACCAGCAGGAUGCUAUCAUUACUUUCCAAGGAUAUCAGUACGCAUCACUUUGGGUCGAAGACGCGUCCAACUCGUCCGUUCGCCACGCCACGCUCACACGGCGGGCCUUGUCGUCUUCCAAUGCAACAUGGGAGAGUCUGACGUUUACGGACUAUAAUCAGACUGAAGAUGAUGGGCAUGAUACGAUCUCGAUUGGCAUCUCUGCUGGAGAUGGCACGAUCCACAUGGCGUUUGACCAACAUGACAAUGUUCUGCACUACCGCGUCUCGGAAACCGGAGCCGCGCUCAGCCCCGGAAACACGACCUGGUCUACCGACCUCUUCGGAGAAGUGCUCGACCACCUCCCCGGCACAGAGUCCCUCAACGUAACAGAGUACUUCACACCCGUCACCUACCCGCGCUUCCUCUCCAUUCCGACUUCGCUGCAGAGCUCGACUACGGAUCUGAUCUUUGAGCUUCGGAUCGGACGGUCGGGGCUGGGCGAUGAUUGGUUGUAUGAAUAUACGCCGGGGGAGGGGUGGGCGUUGAUUGGAAGGUAUCUCGAGGGUGUCAAUAAUAACGCAUAUAUCAAUGGAUUGGACUUCGAUAGCAAGGGCAACUUGAUCACGACUUGGACCUACCGUGACUACGUGAACGACGUCGGACAAGAUGUCGCCGUGCAAGCAGGCCCGAACGGUCCUGAGAACAACCACGAUCUGAACUUCGCAAGCAGCCCGGAUUUCGGCAGGACGUGGCUGAAUACAUGGGGCCAGCCGGUUGCGAACGUUACGGAUGGUGUGCCUGUUGUGCCGGCCAGUGCUGGGAUCGUGGUGUUCGGUAUUCCGAAGUACGGUGGUAUCCUGAAUCAAGAAGCCCAAGCCGUAGACAACCAAGACCGGAUCCACGUCCUCAACCGCGAGAACACGACCGGGACCGAGCAGUGGUACCACUACUGGCGCAGCACGCGCUCAUACUGGACGCGCACCCCCCUCCCGCUCGACCUCCCCAGCAUCAACAACGUAACCAACACGCCCACCGUCAUCGGCAAGCGCGGCAAGCUCGUCCCCGUGACCUCUUCCUCCGGUGGCGGCUCGACGCUCCUAGCGAUCUUGCCCGACAACGCGGCCAACUCGACCGGGCUGAGUAUUCUGGCUAGCACGGAUGCGGGAAGAUUUAGAGACUGGGAGGUCGUGUGGGAGGUGCAGGAGGGGUGUGGGUGGGAGCCGCUGGUUGAUCGGUAUAGGUUGGGCGAGGACGGGGUGUUGUCGCUUUAUUUGGUUAAUGGGACGGAUGUUGUUGUGGCUGAUUUAGAUUUGGAGGGGCUGUGA